CACCAUGUCGGACGCCAACGCCAACGCACCACCGAGCAAGAGGGCGCGACCGAACGGUCCGAAGGGGACGGGGAAAUCCGGCACCGCGGGCGCGGCGGAACCGGCGAAGACCAAGGGCAAGGGGAGGCCGGCGCCAAAGUCUGCACCGAAGGCGGCAGCCAAGGGGGACGCGCCAAAGACUGCACCCAAGCCUGCACCCAAGCCUGCACCCAAGGCGACACAGCCUGCGUCCAAGGCGAACAACAAGCUGCAGUCUAAACCUGCGUCCAAGGCCAAACCCAAGGCCAAACCCAAACCCAAGGCCAAGGCCAAAUCGACACCAGCCGAAGCCGCGAAGGCGCCAUCGCCGCGGAAUAAGAACCGGCGUGCGGCGCAGAAGGCGCGGCGCCGGGCGUCGCGCUCCUCGAGCGGCGAGGGGGAGGGAGAAGGCGGCGAGGAGGAGGCAUCGCCCGCAGCCUCUGCGGCGGCGGAGGGCGACACGCCCGCGGCUGCGGCGGGCAGGAAGCGGAGGCGGGGCAAGAAGGGCAAGGUGUUCCUCGAGGACAAGGCUGGGCUGCUCGACCUCGUGGCGGGCGUCACGGAGAGCAAGGACGCGGUGGUGACGGACAAGCUUGCGCGCGAGGCGGCGCGGACUGCGGCGGCGGAGAAGCGCGCGGGGGAGAAGGACAAGGGGAAGAAGGGGCGCAAGGCCGAGGAGCGCAAGAAGGCUUUGGACGCGGCCAAGGAGGCAAUCGUGGCGCGCGAGAAGCAGAAGAAGGCGCGGAGGCGGCAGCCGGCGGCCGAGGACGCGGCGGAGGCACCGGCGCCCAAGAAGCGUGUCGGUUUUGCGUGAGAUGGCAUGUACAGAAUAUGGCUACAGAUCUCAGCGCAGCUUGACAAUGCCGUGCGCGACCGUAAGACCCUCCUCUCUCGCCCAUGCUUCGGCACCGCUGUCGGUGAGGCCGAGGAGACGCGCGGCCCAUGGCAAGGGCACGCUCAUGUAGCUCUGGCGCAUGAGGGCACGUACACGCUCGCGGACAGUCGGCGCCGCCCAGGAUAGGACCGUGAGCGCGAGGUCACCAGCGUCCCCGCCGGAGCCGGGGCGCGUGAGCGCCGCGAAGGACAACGGGUCGAACGUCUCGUGAGCGAGGGCGCGCGCGGCGGCCUCUGCGAAGCGGAGCGACGAGGGGGCGAUGAAUGCGGGCGUGGGCGCGGGUAUGGUGCGAUGGGUGGGGGUGGGGGAGAG